AUGGAGUUUUCUCAUCUUCUCCCCCUCGUAUUCUCCCUUUGCUUGUCGCUGCUUCUUAUUCCCCUCGCCUCUGCAACCAGGCUCCCCCCCUCCAUCUCCUACCACCACGGCCUUCUUCUCGCCGGUAACCUUAAUCUCUCCCUCCUCUGGUACGGCCGCUUCGAUCCCCUCGAGAAGACCGUCGUCCGCACCUUCGUAGCAUCCCUCACCCUCGACCGGAGCUUGAGCUUCACCCCCGACGUCAUGUCCUGGUGGAACAAAGUCCAGACCUAUCUCCCGUCAGGAGCCACCGUCCGGAUCGCAAAAGAAACCGACGACGAGUCCGCGUCCGCCGGAAACGUCCUGACGCAGAAAUCUCUCCCCGAUCUGCUCGCCAGAGCCACCGCCGGCGAGCAGAACACCGUCGCCGUCAUCUUCGCCGGCAAAGACGUCGCCAUCGAGGGCACGUGCCAAGGCACGUGCUACCUCCACAGAGCCCUAGGCAAACAGCCGUACAUCGCCGUCGGAAACCCCGAGAAGCGGUGCCCGGGGAAGUGCGCCGUGCCGUUCCACCUGCCGGACGAACACUUCUGCCCGCCGCUGACGCUGACGUUGGAGCCGCCAAGCGGAAACGUCGGUGCCGACGCCGUGAUCAUUCAUUUCGCGUCGGCACUGGCGGAGACGGUGACGAAUCCCUUCAACAGCGGGUUCUUCGGCGGCGAGGGAGGAAAGUAUCAGGCCGCAACAGCGUGUGUAGGCUUAUUCGCAUCAAACGCGCUCCCGGGAUUCCCCAGCAAUGUUAGGGUGGAUCCCCAUACCGGCGGCGCGUUCAAUGCCCACGGCGUCAACAACACCAAGUUCCUGCUACCUGCUCUCUGGGAUGUCAAAACUUCGUCGUGCUGGACUCCACUGUAA